ACAGAGUGAAGGACUUGGGCUGUGCCACCCGAGGGUGUGCAGUGCGAGGUUGGGCGAGGAAUCCGUGUGUGAAGAGCGCGCGAGAUGGGGCUAAAAAUAGCCACCGAGCAAGACGGCUGUGGUAAAACGGGCCGAUAAUAGUUUGGUGAAUGGGGAGUUGAGAAUCACAGUAAAGGAGUGUGACUCGAUCGGGAAUACUCAAGUCGUGCGUGUGGUGACCGAUUAGAGCGGCCUGAUAAGACAGUCUUGCCAAAGUGUGGGACUGGAGAACACCUUGAGACCCAGUUGAUGAUGCACUGGGCGCAGGAGAGGAUCGCUGACGGGGCGUGAGUGUGAUCGAUGAUCGUGAUCAGCUGUUGUCAUUUGUCUUCACGCUGAGGAGCGCGCGCUUUCGCGAAACGGGGAUUAUUUUUAGUGGACAAGGUGAAAAUAGCUUCGACUGUAUUUAUAGCAUUCUCAAACAUUGCACGAGAGAUAACCCGUGAGGAAGCCACCCAGUAUAUCGGCAUAGUGAAUAAGGUCGCUGGAUUGAAGUGUGUCAAAAAGAGCGCGUCGAUCAAGCCGCUUUUCCAAACACGGUUUGUGUGCGAAGUUGAUUGGAAAAUUUUCACCGGAGACAUUCUCCAUUGAGGGAUUCGCGCUCUGCGUGCUCCACGCACCAAGGCGAGAUAGCGAGAAAGAGUGAGAGAUUGAAUUUGUACGGUGUGCGGUGCGAAAUCUGUGGUGUGUGAUCGGAGGGAACGCAUCAGUUGCAGAGGCGCGAUCGCGAUCUAUUUUUGUGUGUUGGUGCACCUAAAUAUGGAACUCUUGGCCCAGCUUCCUGGGCCCAUCGCGCGUUAUCAGUGAGUUAAUCUCCACAUCCAGCAUCCGCUCUCGACUGGGCGGCCAAACAAUCAAUCGACCAGUGAUCGCGAGGUCGUGGGAGGGCGAGAGAGAACAGUGUGUGCGUGUGUGAGGCGAAAUUGGGUGUUGAUCGCCGACCUCUUCUCAAUCACUCUCAAUCACCGCCGUCGUCACAACAAGCGCGCAGCGCUCAAGAUCGCCGAGCUGACAAGAGAUCGCGAGUGAUCCUCGCCGCCCCUGCAGGUCUACAGGGUGUAUUUGUAUUGUGUGUACUGAUUUUGGCGGAAUAGAGCCACCAUGCGGAACGCGGUAGUGCUUCUGUGCGUGGCAAUCGCGGCCGUGGCGGCGGCUGACAACAAUGCCACCGUGGAGAGCAGCGACAGUGAGUGCGAAGAUGGACUGCUCGUGCCCGUGUGGCAGCCGACGAGCAAUCUCACGUUCGGCGAUCGCUUCUCACGCGGUCUCGUGUACUUCCUCGUGAUGAUCUACCUCUUUAUCGGCGUGUCGAUAGUGAGUGACCGCUUCAUGGCGGCCAUCGAGGUGAUCACGUCCAAGGAGAAGGAGGUGAAGAUCCGCAAGCCCGACGGCGAGACGCAGAUCGUGGUGGUGCGCGUGUGGAACGAGACUGUGGCCAAUCUCACCCUGAUGGCCCUCGGCUCGAGCGCCCCGGAGAUCCUGCUGUCCAUCAUUGAGAUCAUCGCGAAGAACUUCAAGGCGGGCGACCUGGGACCCGGCACCAUCGUGGGCUCAGCCGCGUACAACCUCUUCGUGAUCAUUGCCAUCUGCGUGAUGGUGAUCCCCAAGGGGGAAGUGCGCAAGAUCAAGCACUUGCGUGUAUUCUUCGUGACGGCCACGUGGUCGGUGUUCGCGUACAUUUGGCUCUACCUGAUCCUGGCCCAAGUCACACCGGGCCGCGUGGAUGUGUGGGAGGGCUUCCUCACGUUCCUCUUCUUCCCUGCCACCGUGCUCACGGCCUAUAUUGCUGACAAACGUCUCCUGAUCUAUAAGUACAUCGGGAAGCAGUAUCGCAUGAAUAAGCGCGGUGUGAUAGUCCAGGUUGAGGGUGAUGCGGGCCUAGAGAUGAACAAUCGCGAGGAUGGUCUCAAGGAGAUCAAUGACUUCGAGGAGGCGCGUCGCGAGUACAUAUCCACGCUGAAGGAUCUGCGGAAGAAGUAUCCGCAGCACGACCUGGAGAACCUGGAGGUGAUGGCGCAGGAGCAGCUGAUGAAUCGCGGACCCAAGUCUCGGGCAUUCUAUCGCAUUCAAGCUACCCGCAAGAUGAUGGGUAGCGGUAAUAUUAUGCGGAAGAUCUCCGAACGCGCGCAGAGCGACCUCAGCGAGGUGAAGGCCGAGCUGCAGCGCGUGGACAUCGACGAGGUGGACGACGACAACAUCUGCAAGGUGUUCUUCGAACCUGGCCACUACACUGUCAUGGAGAACUGCGGGGAGUUUGAGGUGCGUGUCGUGCGCCGCGGAGAUCUUUCGUGUCACAUUACUGUCGAUUUCGAGACGGAGGACGGGUCCGCCGAGGCGGGCAGCGACUACGUGGGAAAGAAGGGAACACUGACAUUCGCGCCCGGAGUCGAUGAGCAGCGCUUCUCCAUUGAAGUAAUCGACGACGAGGUGUUCGAGCAGGAUGAACACUUCUAUGUGCGCCUCAGUAAUGUCUCCGACCCGGCCAUUCUCGCAACACCCAAAGUCGCCACCGUUAUGAUCCUCGAUGACGAUCACGGUGGCAUCUUCGCGUUCAGCUCCAAAGAUCACGAAGUCGUUGAGUCCGUGGGCACGUACGAGAUCAAAGUGCAGCGCUUCUCGGGCGCGCGCGGAAAAGUGAUCGUGCCGUACUGGGCGGAGGACGGAACCGCCAAGGCGGGAAAGGACUAUGAACCCCUUCAAGGAGAGCUGGAGUUUGACAACAACGAAAUUGAAAAAAUGAUUCCUCUCGUGAUCCUGGAGGAGGGCAGCUACGAAAAGGAUGUGCUAUUGUAUGUAAAUUUGGGGGAGCCUCAGAUGGUCGGAGAUGAAUUAGCGUCACUUGUUCAGGAAGCAGAAGCCAAAGCGCCCGAGGACCUCACAGAGGAGGACAAAAUGGCCCUUCUGGGACGACCGAAGGCCGGCGAUGUCAUCCGUUCACAGAUUCGGAUAAAGGAGAGCAAGGAAUUCAAAAACACUGUGGAUAAACUGGUCCAGAGAGCAAAUGCAUCCCUCCUCAUUGGCACUUCGUCGUGGAAGGAGCAGUUCACGGAGGCGCUAACAGUCAGUGCAGGUGACGACGGCGGAUCGGACGAGGGCGACGGCGAGGAGCCGACUCCGAGUUGCUCCGACUACAUAAUGCAUUUCUUGACUCUAUUCUGGAAGAUUAUAUUUGCCUUUAUUCCACCUACAGAUAUGUCUGGCGGGUAUUUGUGCUUUGUCAUAUCAAUCUUCUGCAUUGGGGUCGUAACUGCAAUCAUUGGCGACGUGGCAUCCCACUUUGGUUGUACACUGGGCAUCAAAGACUCCGUGACAGCCAUCGUCUUUGUUGCUCUUGGCACAAGUAUACCAGACACAUUUGCCAGCAAAGUGGCCGCCAUUCAGGACAAGUAUGCAGACGCGAGUGUGGGAAAUGUUACCGGCAGCAAUGCAGUUAAUGUCUUCUUGGGCAUCGGCGUGGCGUGGACAAUAGCGGCCGUCUAUCAUGCCGCCAGAGGUCAAGUUUUCGAGGUGGAGCCAGGAAACCUGGCCUUUUCGGUGACUCUCUUCUGCACUGAAGCAGUCGUUGCCAUCAUCGUUCUCGUGAUGCGGCGCUCCAAGUCAAUCGGCGGAGAAUUGGGCGGACCCACCACGCCAAAGUAUAUCACCGCAACGUUCUUCGUGGGACUCUGGGUAUUCUACCUGGUCAUGAGCAGUUUAGAAGCGUAUGGCGUCAUAAAGGGUUUCUAAAUGACACACAUAAGUCAAGUGUAGAAUAUUUAAUUAAAAUCCCCCGAUUUUUUGUAAAAACGCCCCAAACGUGGAUCAAAAACAAUUUUUUUUUUGUAAUCGAGUGCAACGAAAAUUUGCUAAGUUCUUUUCUCUUUAUCCAGAAAGAAGUGACAUAGAUAGAAAGAAAAAGAAAAUGGAAGAUUGUUUAUAAGAGCAAUAUGUAAAAAGUGAGAGAAAUAUCCAACUAAAAUCAUACUUUUAGGUUAGUUAAAUAGAAUGAGAAUGAGAUGGUAAAUCAAUAGCAACAGGAAACAGAAAAUGGGAAGAUGUUACGGAUGAAUUGAAAAUAGUCAAUUUUAUACGAAUAAAACAUAGCUGAUGAAGUAGAGAAUGAUCGCGAUAGAUAUUGAAAUAAUUUUUCCAAUAUAUUUCGACCUACUUUCAUCCUCAAAAGCUAUCUUAAACUUCACUUUCUACUCUUUUUUUUCGCCAAAUAUGUAUUUAAAACAUCCCCAAUUUAGCGUAAAUCGCUGAAAUUGUGUUCUACCGAAGAGAAAUUGUACGCAAACCAACAAACAGUAUGAAGAUAUUCUUAAGUAAUCAUAUUUGAAUAGAUUAUGAAGAGCAAAGCUGGAAUGGAGAACAUUUUGUACAUGUCUUAUUUAGUAACAUGAUUAAUAUACCACGAUUUUGUACAUACAUACUAUUGUACAUAUUGCAACAUAUAUUUGAGUUGUAUAGACAAUUAAUUGCCAUCUUUUUCGACACCGUUAGAAAGCGUUGUCUUCAAACCGAAUUAGCGUUUGGUUUCAAUUUUUUGGAGAUUUCUUUUGGAUGAGAGAGAAGAUCGGCUAAAUUGCUCGAGAAGGCGUAACUUAUUAGUUGUUUCUUGCCAGAACAACACAGCGAAUUAUGUAAACAUGUCGGGAACAAAGACAACAACAUUCAUCCCUGCUGAAAAUGAUUUAUUUGAGAUAAAAAAAAAUUAAUAUGCGACUAAAAGUGUUUUAUCUGUGUGAAUUGAACUUCUUGCCAAUGAGUUCACGCACUGGAUGUCAUUGUGAAUGGCUUUUUUGAAAUCGCAAAUGCAAAUUGUCAGCAAUUGCAGAGCGAGAUCUUCAAAUUGUUUUUAGUGUAACUUUAUAAGAAUGAGAAAAGAUUAGCCUAUGUCGUUCGCUUAGAACGUUUCUUUUCUGUUCUCAAGACAUUACUUCCUUCGCAACAAUAAAUAUUUACACAUUUUUAUUAAUUAAGUUAUUCGACUUACAAAUCAUUAUAACUUUCGAUCAUUAAGCGGCGAUUACACUCUAACUUCUUUUUCACGUGUAAGAUUGUACACCAAAUUCAAUCUGUAUCACAACUACAUUAUUGAGAGUAUUAUUGUUGAAAUGCUGCCAUCAUCAUUAACGAAGUGAUGAGUAUUAGCGUUAAUCACAUUAAUUCAUCUACUCCACCCAUUAAUAAAUGUCAUAUGACUUCUUCUUCAUUAACUAUUAUUAUUUCCGAACUACUUGAACUGUUUCUUUCUCACGUACGGCUUUCACCGGACUUACUGUAGGAAGAAAUGUAACACCCUCGCUAGAUAAAUACUUCCGGACGUAGUUGGAAAAGGUGAAGCAUGGAUGAGCUCUUAUUUGUGUGGAAGCGGCUAUAAAGUCCUGGUUCGUUGAAAACUCUCCAUGAAGUCGUAAAUCUAGUCAAUAAAUAUCCUUCAAUAACUUAAGUCAUUUUUUUUUAAAUACAACUAUAACAGUAAGUGUUGAAUGGUGGUGAAAAAAAAACUACUAUACAAUUGACAGUAAGAAUUCCACCAAAAUCCGUGAAAAUGUCAAAGAGGAAGGAAAUAACUCGUAGAAUAAAUUUAUGUGAUACAUUAAAGUGAAACAAAAUAAUACUAUGUAAUAUCGAAUCAAAGUCCAACUUAUUGAAUGUAAAGAGAGAUGAAGAAGCUAUUGAUUGUUGAAUUUUUAAAUUUGUGUAAUAGUUGUAUAGAAAAUUGACUAUCUUUCGGGUGUGAAUAAUGGACCUUCCUGACAUUUACUUUGCAUCUCGUGAUCGUUUGUGAACCAGAACCUUAAGGCAAAAUAGACGGAAAUUCUCAGCCAAUGGGUAAUAAUCAAUAAAGAAAGAAAAAAUGUAAGUCAAAUCGUUGAAUAACGUAAAAAUGUACCACCUAAAUGAAAAUUUUAGUGACCUCUCAAUCAUUUUUUCAAUUUUUCUCCAAAUAACAUUUCUUACGUGUUUAAGAAUAAGUCUUCCGUUCCAUUUUUCAAAACAAACAAAUGUGUCUUUUCUUUCUCUUUUGAGCCUAACAUUUGUCUACUUUUCUCCACAUCCUCUCUAACUCAAAACUGUCUCUAAACGUAACAUAUUUGCAAGAUAUUACUCAAAAUAGAAUUAAAUUCUACUCUAUGUAUAUUUCUAACCUCUCUAUCAACUUUCCACAUGAAUAUUACUACUGGCAAGAGUAAUUAAAAAAAAUAAA